CCUCCCCCUUUGUAUUAAGCCAUCACAGCCAUAACCACACACAGCCACAUCCCCCCUGCCUACCUCUCUAACCCAUUCUCAUCUCCAUUACCAUCCCCCUCUUCCCUUCUUCACCACCAAUUUUAUCAUCUCCAUAACAGACCCUGUUUCUUCCUUGAGGAGUCAAAAUGGGUACAAUCGAGAAACAAGGCAUAGUCUCAAUCCUGAGGUCUGAUUCCGACCAAAUCAAGGCUCCCUCGCUGAGGAGAACUCUCUCAGCAGAUAUGUCUUCCAAGAAAUGGCUGGCUCAGAGUGGGUUUUCACCCAUGAAGAAGAUCGCUUCAUCCGAGAGACUACCCAAUCUGGUUGCGGAUUCGUCUUCUUCAGAGGAGGGAGAAGAUGAGUGCAAAGGAAAGAAUAAGGAGGCUGAGAGGCCGGGGCGAUUCGAUGUUUGGAGCUCGAUUCUUCUAUCCAAGAAGGCCGACGACGAGUCCUCGAAGCUCCCGCCUCCCUAUGUUCACCCACUUGUAAAGAGGUCGACGAGUGCCCUGAGCGAGAAGAGCCUCGAGAUCUGCACCGAGAGUCUUGGGUCAGAGACUGGGUCUGACGUCUUUUCAUCUCCUGCGCCGUCAGAGACUGACGACGCAGAAGAGGACAAAGAAAUACAACCACAACCAGAGUCACAGUUCCUUGACAGAGAAGACUUGCCAGUUGCAAAGAACAACUACUCCAAAAAAGUGUCAACCAAGUUCCCCCCUCCUCUUCCUUCCCUCGCUCGCUGCGAUGGCCCGUCCCUCCUUAUGCACUCCCACCGCGAAAAUGGCCGGUUAGUCCUUGAAGCCGUGUCUAUCCCAUCCCAGAAUUACUUCCACGCCCAACGAGAAGAUGGCCGCCUUGUCCUCACAUUUGCCAACACUCCUGAUUCCAAAAAGCCAAACAACGAACAGACGUUCGAUCAGGAAGAAGAAGUGAUUGAUCAUAAGGAAGAUGACGUUGAAGAAAUUGACGAAAUCUUCGAAGCCACCGAAGGUGAAAAUGAUAGCGAAGACGAGGAAGAGGAGGAGGAAGAAAUGGUGAAAGUUGAAAAUGAAGAUGGAGCUAAAGAAAUUGAAAUUGUGAUGGAGCAAGCAACUAAGUUGCCAAGUGGAGUGAUAAAUGUUCAUAGGUCAGCCCUAAUGAUAAAGAAGCUAAUCGGCCUAGACAAUAGGAACCCAACAUGGACCACUAAGUAUAACAAACCAGUCCAUUUGGUGGAUAUGGAGGAGGAGGAGGAGGAGAAAGGGCUAAACGCACUUGCACAGUCACUCCCGCGUCCAACCCGACUCGCCAGGCUCAUCCCUUCACCACCGGCGGCUGCCCCUGCCCCUGCCCCUGCCGCUUCCUCUUUCAAUACCUAUGAGUACUUCUGGAGGGCCAAGCCCACUGUGGCGACCGCGGUCAAUCCACUCAACAAAAACAGCUGCAACAAGGUCAUUUUAUCCAAUAGUACUCCCAAGGCAGAUGAAGAGCAAGGAAUGGUCCUGUUGAGAGGGAACAAGGCAGACUACUUAGUCCCCUUGUUGAAGGGAUGCAAGGAGCCCAGGAGGUCACUUCUGCUAUGGGAGCCUUAUUGCAUUGCUACCUCCUAAGGUUUUUGGGGCCGACACGUAUCCGGUUUUCGAACCUUCCUACAUGAUAAUUUUUCCAAUGUGUCAACCAAUUAAUACGUUGCCAUAUCAUUAAUGCUGAUACGUACUCCAAUACCGUUACCUAAAGCACUCGGUGGCUACUCCUAACAUGUUAAUAAUAAUGUUCCUCCCAUAUUUUCUCUCUACUCCAUAUAUAAUUGCCUCUUCCGAGGGGAUUGUGUAGCCAAAUAAUCAUGAAAGUGAGUGAGAGAGAGGGAGUGCUUAGAUUGAGAGGAUCAGAGAUUUAUUUUGUGUACCAUAUUUUUGUAAGUCUCUGUCAUUAUUAUAUAUAAGUAUAACUUAACCAUGAA